GGGGCGGGCCUCUGAAGUUGCAAAAGGGGUGAUCAAGCGCCGCGCUUCCUGGGACCUUUUUUUUGCGCGCUCCACGAUGCCGCGGAUCUCGGUGUGGCCGCCCUCGGCCUGCCUCUACGACGAGCCCCUCCAGGUGACCGUGCAGGGCCUGUCUCCGGGGCAGGAGGUGACGGUCCGCGCCGCCUUGGAGGACGAGAGCGGGGUGGUCUUCCAGGCGCGGGGCGUCUUCCGAGCGGGGCGCAGCGGGGAGCUGGACCUGAGCCGGGCGCCCUCGCUGGGAGGCAGCUACGCGGGGCAGGAGGCCAGCGGGCUGCUGUGGAGCAUGGAGCCCGACGCCCCCUUCUGGCGCCUGGCCAAGCGGGACGUGAGCAGCCCCUUCUGGCUGGCCUUCGAGGUCUACGAGGGGCGCGGCGCGGGGAGCCCACUCUGCAGCUGCCGCAGCGCCCGGAGCUUCCUGGGCCAAGGCGUGCGCAGGGCACCCGUUCGGGAGGGAAGGCUCCGCGCCACUCUCUUCUUGCCCCCCGGCCCUGGACCAUUCCCAGGAAUACUUGACUUGUAUGGCUCUGGAGGGGGCCUUGUGGAGUACCGGGCAAGCCUUUUGGCUAGCAGAGGUUUUGUCACAUUGGCUCUGGCUUACUUAGCUUUCGAAGAUUUGCCAGUUUUCCCAGAAGUCCUUGAUUUAGACUAUUUUGGAGAGGCUGUUGAGUUUUUAAAGAAACAAGAGCAGGUUCAAUCGACGAGGAUUGGAGUCAUUGGGAUCUCUAAAGGGGCAGAUCUUGCGCUUGCUGUGGCUACGUUUUGGCCAGGCAUCCAAGCAGCUGUCAGUAUUUCUGGCUCAGGUCUUAAUGCUUUUAUCCCCCUACAAGUUAAAGACCUCACCAUUCCUGCCCACCCUUUCGAUCUGAAUAGGGUGAAAGUUAACAGUGAUUCUGGAUUUGUGGAUUAUUCAGAAGUUUUGGAUGAUCCUAGAGACCCAGCAACUUGGCCAAGCCGGAUCCCUGUGGAGAAGUCCUCCAGUAAGUUCCUCUUCCUCUCAGGACAGGACGACAAAAACUGGCAAAGUGAACUCUAUUGCCGGGAAACUGUUCGGCGCCUCCAGGAGAGCGGGCGUCAUGUGGAGUUCUACUGCUAUCCGGGGGCAGGACACCUCUUGGAGCCGCCCUAUUUGCCCUUGUGCUUUGCCUCACGUCACAAACCUUUGGGGGUUAUUAUGCUCUGGGGAGGAAUGCAGAAGGAACAUGCAAAAGCUCAGGAGGACGCUUGGCAAAGGAUACUGACUUUUUUCAGGCAGCACUUGCUGGAUCUGCCUGUAAAAAGUAAUUUAUAGGUUGGUAUUUUGUGUUAAUGUAAAUGGGCUCAUUGUUAAUCUCAUGCUGUACAGUCUGCCAUCCACAUUUGUUGGUGUUUGGUUGCUCAGAACCCUCAUGAAAGUGAAAAGCCACGAAUAAGCAAAUUGCUGAAAUUCUAGGUCUUUCUAGCAAAUUCCAAAUUACUGAAAUUUGGCUGAAAUUCUAGGUCUUCCAGCAUGACUCCAUGGUUGAACUCUACUGGGACUAACUAUAAAAACACAUUAGAGGACCAAGAGCAGUGGUUCUCAACCUGUGGGUCCCCAGGUGUUUUGGUCUACAGCUCCCAAAAAUCCCAGCCAGUUUACCAGCUGUCAGGAUUUCUGGGAGUUGAAGGCCAAAAUGUCUGGGGACCCACAGGUUGAGAAUCACUGAGCUAGGGGCUCUUGAUGUGAUGUCCUCUCUAGAAAUCAUUAUGUCCUCCAGCAUGACCAGAGGAACGUGAUCAUGGAAUCAUAUUGGAGGACCUAGAGAUUGCUAGAAAAAAUGCUUUUUAAUCUAAUCUGUAAAUAAACCUGUAAAGUCAAAACUGCAAAUGUGGAGGGAUGACUAUGAACUCUCUGGAGAUGUCAAGAAGAGUUGCCAGUAUAAAAAACUAAGCUGAUAGAGAUUGUGUAGAUAUAUCCCUGUUAAGCAGUUAUGGGUAUACUGGUAGAGUGCAACAGAACACAGCUGGGUAUUGAAUAAAAACAUAUAUGGUACCCAUCCCAGUAGCGCAGCGGGUUAAACCGCCAAGCUGCUGAACUUGCUGACCAUGUUCAGGGUUGGCGGUUUGAAUUCGGGGAGUGGGAUGAGCUCCCACAGUUAGCCCCAGCUUCUGCCAACCUAGCAGUUUGAAAACAUGCAAGUGUGGGUAGAUCAGUAGGUAAUGGUGCUCCAUGGAGGCCGUUACUGGCCUCCAUGUCGGCCACGUGACCUUGGAGGUGUCUACGGACAACGCCGGCUCUUUGGCUUAGAAAUGGAGAUGAGCACCAACCCCCAGAGACAGACACGACCAGACUUAAUGUCAGGAGAAAACCUUACCUUACCUACCCAUUUGAUAAGCCAUGAUAUAAGUGAAGUAAAUACAUUUACCUCGCUCAAAUCAUUCCUACACUCACUACAGACAAAUGCACUAUAACUAUCCAAACUGUUUAUCUUAAAUCUACAUGAGAUGUUCAGGAUCAUCUUAAGACAUUUUAAUGCCUGAGGCACUUAGGUGUACCACCUAACCUCUUAAGAAAAAGCACAUAAUACCAAAACAGAGGCAAGUUAUUUUGUUUCUCGUGACAGAAAAUCCCAUAAGUGCCUCUUCUUCUCCUUCUUGAAAAUAAAUAUACUACAAGAAUACAUUAAAUAAUAAACAAUGUACUGCUCUUUUUAAGUUCCAAACUUUGUUGUCCAAGGCAGCCAUCGGAGUCUUUCAAGUAGUACUAAUAAGUUCAUUAUUUCUCUUCUUGAAACCCUCUUUUUAAAUUAGAAUUUAAAGAAGCCUCUGCCCUUUAAAUUUUAUUUUGUAAUUUCCGUCUUCAGACACAAGAUUGAUAUAGUUCACAUCUGAUUACAAAGUUGUUUGAAUAAAAAAUAUUUCUGCCACACACACUCUAAAUUGUAAACAUUUUAAUGGUAAGUAAAACAACAAGUAGAAAUAAUGAAGGGAUUUAUGAAGUCAGACAAUCAAACAUGCCUUUACUCUGUAUCAUCCCAAAAGAAUAAUAAUUCAACUGCAGAAUUAGCACAAAGAAGCCUGAUAAUGUAGGACUUUCAAUCUAUAGCUUUUACCAGAAUCAGGGUAUAUUUUUUAAUGUAUCUGUAUAUUUGGAGGUAAUAUUUGUCACUGGGAAAUUGCCGAAAGUAAUAUGACUGUUUUGAUAGAAAUCAAUAAAUAUAGAUAUAUUUAUA